AUCUUUGGACCUUACACGAAGAGCAUAGAAGUAUGAACGGCGUCAUCAUCGUCUUUUGUUUUGCCAUGUGGYUGCUAUGGAAACAAAUUUACGCCGACACUUGUGGUAUGGCAUCUUAUAGAAGAUCAGGUCACGUGUUCAUUAAUCACGUGAUCCAGUCUUUUUAUGGUACUCGUACUUUUAUCAGCUGUCUUGACCAUUGUGACGGCAACCCGUCAUGUCACAGCAUCAACUGGUACAGUAAGACAGGWCUGUGUCAGCUGAACAACGGUACUCACUUCUCCUACCCUGAGGGUCUUGUGMCWGACUCGACUGGAAGCUACAUGCUGUACAUUCCUCACCCAAUGGUUGCCUGUAGCAACAAGUUCUGUAGUCAUGGAGACAUUUGUCUGAUGGCAAAGGACGAGAUCAGCUAUCGUUGUCAAUCUGGAUGCAUGACAGCAUUGGGGAUGCAAGAUGGCCGCAUCAAAGAYUCACAACUAAGUGCUUCAUCACAACUUCGAAGGAAAAGCGCUCCUACACGAGCUCGCUUGAACUCGACUAUUCCUGACGGUAGCUGGACUCCAAAGUACAACAACAGUGGUGAAUACCUUGAGAUCGAUCUCAAYCAUACGCAUAUUAUUAGCAAAGUAGCCACACAAGGGCGAUUGCAUAAACUAAUGUCUGAUUGGGUGACCAAGUACUACCUCGAGUACAAGCAAGAUGGCGACACMGURUGGCAAUCGUACAAAUACAAUGGCAGUGUUGAGCAUUUUCAAGGUAACACAGACAAGAAUUCAGUCGUGUCCCACAAGCUUCGUUCGCCUAUCUCUACAAGAUUUAUAAGAUUUGUACCACUGGAGUGGCAUAAUAACAAAGCCGGCAUGAGGGUUGAGAUAUAUGGAUGUGACGUUUUAUAGAUUAUCGUGAUAGCGGGUAUAAAUACCCGGUUGUAGUAUAAUAGUUCUGCUGUAAUCCUGCUAGUUAGCCGAUAAAGAUAAUCAAGAUAAUCCUUAGGGUGAAAGUUUUCCACCAAGUCUUUAGAUUGAUUUUAGAUUUUAUAUCUCUUAUUAGCCUGCUGAGCAAUGUAGCUUCAUGUUUUAGUAAUAGUGGGAAGAAGGGGCGAGCCAUAAGCUUGCAUAGUCACGUAACACUUGGUUACACUUCUCAAGGUAGUGURAAGGACGCUUUCCAUUGGCCAGAAUUGAUUGGCCWCUAUCCGAGCACAAAUUGUUCAAUAUUCCAAUAUCACUCAGAUCGGUUCGACCACCUGGCUUAAGUUGUCUUUCAUCCAGUUUUCUAGUGAAAACAAAAAAACAAAAACAAAAUAAAAACAAACAAAGCACACACACAAACAAACAAACUUKAGGACGAAACUCUCGAAAACAAGACUGAUUCAGUCUUCCRCAUGGACGAUCAGUCGGCUUGAUAUGGAAUUCAUCCUAGUCGACUUUGUCCAUCACAGAAGAAUUAGUGUAAGGAUAUAACCAACGAUAGCAGAAAGUCUAUGGAUUUCUCGUCUUCCAUUAUAGUAAUUAAAAGUGCCUCUUUGCAUCAAUUUUUUCAAUGAUUUUYGACUAGUGAUAAACACGAUUAUCUCGACACAAUUAAAUAUUUAUCAGUAUCUGUAAGRGUGUCACUAUA